AUGAGGUAUGUCAUCCCACCUGCUAAAUACAUCAUCCGUGAGGCUCACACACAUUUGGGUCCCACCUUCACGGCGCGCUCUGACAAGCAAAAGCCCCCACCAAAGCGCCUACAGGCUCUGCGGGCAGAGCGCCAUCCAAAGGGGAAGAGUUAUGGGACAGAUUUGGGGAAGACAACCCUUCCGAUAAAGUAGGUUGAGGAUGCUAGUUAAAUUACUGUAAGUGGUCUAUUCCCCCCCCCCCCUUCCUUUUUUCAGCCCAGUUGCGCAAAUAAUCCGAUUUCCCUUACCCGGUGGCAGCUCACAAAUGAAUCACCAUUGAAAAAUCGUAAAGGCAACGUUAUUCCUAAAGUCCUACCCUUCUUCCUCCACGUGUUAGAUAUUAAUUAUCCAGUUUUAAUACUAAAUACAUCAUGUCCUGACGACCUCCUAUAUUCGCAUGCUUGGAUAAGUAUAUCCUAUCGUGAAUACUGAGAAGAAUGAUGUGAGUUAUGUUCGCAUGGGAGAAGGCCAGCGGAAAGAUUAUGAUACAUGAAGAGCCUUACGAAGGUAUGGAUGGGACGACGACCUCGGGACCUCGGGCGAGCUCAGGUGGUACAAUAUUAAUGUCUGAUUUUAGUGGACUGAAAAGUAAGUGGAUAAAUGGAAUAACUGGCUACCCGUUCAGAUGGUGGGACUCCCUAAUUUUCCGUCGUUGGGGAGGCUUUUCCGGUCAUGUGCCGUUUGUAGGGUCCCAAAUCUUUUAAACCACACGUAUUCCAACAGAAAUCCUCGGUUUGUUUUCUUUUGUACACGAAGACCGUUUCGAUUUUAGAAACUUCGAGUUAAUGGGCGUUGCGUCAAAAACACUUGGCUGGGAAUUUCAAGCACCCCGGAAGGACUACUGGCACAAGUUUAUAUCGAUUUGGUUUAAUCAUUUUUAGGUGCGUCCUUAAUCGUACCGCUCAUCAUACGGCCGCACAGGUGGUGCACUGUACGUCGAGGGUUGUGCUGUCGGCCUCAACUGAGGAGCCGUCCAUCAGCAAGCAUCUAUACAGGUUUGGAAAGUUGAAAAUUUUCCUAAGCCCCUAGUAACACUGACACUUCGGCAGCCGAAAACAUUGGCCGCAUUUUGGCCUACAGAUGCCAGUGUUCGGGAAUUACCUCGCUCCUCUUCGACGUUGUUGAAAAUCCUCUUACUAGUUUGCGGAACAAGGCGUUUUACGAUGCCCUGAUCAGCGGUGGGGUUGCCUUAGAAGAGAAGUCUUUCGAGCACCCUCAAGAGUACGGUAUCGACUACGACAGCCUUACAGAAGAAGAAAAGCUUUCGCUCUACCCCAGGCUUAUUGAUGAACUGCGCACCACUCCAGAUUGGGGCAUGCAAAAAUAUCCUUUUUCCCUUAGACCUUCACGCAAGAGUGAGGCGAGGAAACGCAGAUAUCAGGUAAACCCAUUCUUAAUUAUGCUUAUGAUUCCCUUGCCGUUCCCUUCACUCGAUUACACCCCAGGCAACGGUGGUCAUGCGUUUUGUUCUUGCAAUACGUCGUACUGUGCCAAUUCUAAAAAAACUGAUGCAGGCAAAAGCAUUAGGUACAAGAAUCUCGCGCAUUAUAUCAUGCCUUUUGGUGAUUUCUCUCAGGAUAAUUAGAUAAAAAAGUAACUAGCCAACCUGGCCCUUACUGGACUGCGGAAAGGGACCAUUGUGGGACCAUUCAGUCGAGCAAAAAGCGAAGCUGAAUGAUGCGCCUGGUCGGAAUUUCCUGCUUAUACUUCUGACCGUGACCGAGACGAUGCUGGAAGAAGUCUUUUGUGAAGUCACUGUGGGUAACCGAUCAGGUGAUGAUGUACAGCAAGUGGCGUAUCUCGCGAAUUCCAAGAUGAAAUCUCGGUUGGUAAGGAUUACUUAGGUGGUACUGUAAUGCUGAUAAUCAUGCAGUAUGUUCUAAAAAUAUUCCAGUCACACCAGGAUGCCGGUUUUUUAAAUACGCGUCUUUCCGGCCGUCUGCGGGAAUCACGGUGGCGAAGGUGGCUACAUGUGUUAGGAUUUUCCCAUCGACUGCGAUGCCCUUAUAAAUGUAAACUUAUUUUAUAGGAAGCACGUACAAAAAUACCCUUUAUUAUGCGCAUCUUGUAGUAAAUGGCGUCUCCAAUUUUCUGCUUAGAGUAGUUAUCUGUCGGCACCAAAUAAGUUUGCAAUUAUGAUAUUUUUGAUUUCAUCAUAUCAUCCAUCAUAUCUGCCAGUCCAUCAAAUCUCAUGGACCCAUAUCCAUUGUGAAAAUUUAUGAGUCCUAUAUGGUGGCAUCUUAAUAGCAUAGAAUGUUCGAACUCUCCUUUACGCAAAUUAUACAUCGUGCGGUUUGGAGACCCCACGCACAAAUAAAACGGCAGUUUUGGUUCAAAAAAUUCGACCGAUAUCCUUUCAUCGAAUACGAAACUCCAAGAAGGCUUCAUUUCCUACUAAAUCAGUGUAGUAAGGCAUAUUUUUGUACAUGCCUUCUAUAAAAUAUGUUUAUAUUUACAAGGCAUUGAAAAUUGCAGGAAGAAUACUACUACGCAAGUAGUCAUUUUUAGCGUUUUGGAUUUCUACGGACGACCGGCAAAACGCGUAUUCGUAAGCCGACAUCCUGGCGUGACUGAAAUAUCUUUGGAUUACACUGCAUGUUGAUAAGUAUUACAACUCACUCUAAGUAAUUAUUUGUAACCGAAGUCAUAUUUCAGGAUUUAAUUUGAUGUUUAACGUCAUCUACUUAACAUAGUCUCGAGUCCUCUCCAAAAUGACCUGAAAACGUGAUUGUAGUGAAUAAGCUUGCAGGGGACUGUAAGAAGUCCCAGAUCAGCAGGUAAUGUUCCUGAGAAGUCCAUCUCUUAGGCAUAUUUGAUGAUGUCCCGGCCGACUGUCAAUUUCUUCGAACCUCCGACAAGGCAUGCAGACUGUUUCUAGGUACUCCCUCCGUCAAACAUGUUUCGUUUUGAUAUCCCAAAUUCAACUCAGCUUUUGGGCCUGCUUUGCUAUCAACGGUCAUACGUGCGAUCUCCCUGGCAAUUUUUCCUAACUCCUUAUAUCUUUUUAACCCUAUACUAGUGGACCAAAGCAUCUUCUUGGUGGUUAAGUGCUUUCAAUUAUCAGAUUGUUAUAGAGCUCCUCAUAAUCAGCCAGUAACACUCCGAAUCAAUUACUUUGACUUGUUGGAUCGGUUUGCCAUCGUCGCCCUAAGUACUUCACCUCCUUUUCACCGGACAAGCCUCCUGAUAUCGAUCCAUCCUUUGAUCAACACAGUGCUAGAUCCAGGCUGGCCCAUGUUUACGCAAAAAUCACUCCUGUAAUGCCUGAGCAACCGUUAGCGCUGAUGAUUACUGGCGGAAUUAAUUGAUCAGCGGGAUAAAACUCGAAUUUACGCCUUCGGAAAGUUCGCUUAAACCAGACUGAUUGCUUGUUCAGGUUCGCGUACGUGUCGUUAAGCCCAGCUUGACGUGCAUCUGCCAUAACCUACGUAAAUCGAUUUUCGGAGGGUGUCAGGGGACCAAUUAGGUUAACUAUCGAUACUUUGCUCGGGGAUCCGUUAUAUAUCGAGGUUAUGCACUCGGGUCUAAAUGUCAAGCCUUCCCGACCUUUACAGCGCAGGGUAAACGGAAGGAGAUUAUUCUUAUCACCCCGUGAUUAAGACAUCUUGUAAAACAUAUUAUUCAUUAUCGAAUUGAGCUUGCAUUACAGUCUUUCGAGUUUUGCCCGUAGGGGAGGGGGCGAUGGAGGCUAGGAUCGCCGAUACCGAAUAACCUCAAGACUGAUCGAUGCUAUUGAGCGUUGGGAUCCCCACGGCUAUGCACCGCGCUCGAUGAAUUACAAUCAAACAGUCUGCUAUGAAGUCCUAGGCAGAGAGGACAUCUGCUUGGUUAGGUUCGCUUCAGAGUAAGAGGGUGGGGACGUAGUGAUAAGAAUGCCGUGUGUGCGCAUCGAUGCUAAAGACCGAGGUUGACUAUUGGCUUCAAGUUAUUUGUCUCCUUCAUGCGAUCCAACGUUUCUCCUUGCUUUGUCUCAGCCCUUCAUGAUUCAUUUCCGUGUUUCUUAGGUUCUCUCCAAGAUAAGGCAAGGCUAUGUUUGGGACGAAUUCUACCACCGAAUGGUGAAACCCAAGGAUAUGGCUGCUUGGCAAGUCGAACAAGGCCAAAUAUUUGCCGAGAAUCUGGGCAAAGAUGUUUCCGAGAAGCUUGCCGAAGCGAAUGAACCCGCUGAAGUCCACAUCCCCGAAAAAUGGAGACUUGAGUAG